AUGGCCGAACAACUUUUGGAGCAAGCUCGCGAUGUCUUCGAGGGUCAAAUUGACUUUGAAGGCCAGAAGCUGGCGGAUAAAUUAGCCACCAUCCUGCUUAGCAUCGUCGGGACUCUCUCUUUCAUCAUUGGCUACUUUUUGCAGGACAUCAAACUCGCUGUGUACAUAGGUCUUGGAGGAACUGCACUUACAUUCGCUCUGGUUUUGCCGCCCUGGCCAUUCUACAACCGCCAUCCCGUCAAGUGGCUGCCUCUAGGAGGAGGAUCGAAGCCGCUACAGACACCACAGAACAUCGUUAUAGAUGAGAAGGCACUGCGGUGA